GGGUACUCUUAGAAAGGUGAUAAAGAUAAUGUAGUCAGUCAGCAUAGCGUAUUGGAUUUCACUUCCCACCUACCCCCACGCCACGCCACCCCACCCCACCCCCCACCCCCUCUUUAACUUUUUCCAUGUUCAUUCAUGCAUCUGUAAUUUUGCAAAAUCCACUGUUUUCUCUACAUCUCUGCUGGUAAUCACACCUUCUAUCCCCCCACCCCCCCGUACCAAACACACCCCCACCAAGAAAACAAAACACCCUCAAAGUUGCAACCUUUUCACUUUCUUGAAUUCUUGUUCCCCCCACCCCCACCCCCACCCCAACCCCACUAGUACCACCAGAUCCCCUGAUGUAGCCCUUUUUCUUCCUUAGCCUGCUCUGAGUUCAAUCUCAGCUGGCUUUUCUUGCAAAUUCCCUAUAAAGAUGCAAUCUUUUUCAUUUUCUUGAUACAAGGGGUUUCAGCAAUUCUUGUUAAAUAAUGGCCUUUCCAGCUCAACAGGAAAAAACCAAUCAUUCUACACUAGCAAACAAACUGACCCACCUCAAAAUCCCAGACUCUUCUUCUUCAUCUACUGAUCCAGACUUCGAUUUUUCUGAAGUAUUUGGUGCCCCUAUUUCCUCUUCACCUCCAUCAUCUUCUUCCAACUUUUUAACUGACCCACAAAUCAUUCAUAGUAGGUCCCACUCUUUUGUGGGGCCCUCACCAAGAAUCACUCCCUCAAAGCCUCUGCCUUUUCACCAAGAAAUUGAUUCCGAAAGUGAAAGUGAUAGUGAUAAAGUUAAUAAGAAAACUGGAUGUACUGAUGAGGGGUUGGUGGCAGUAACAAAAUUUGGGCCAGGGGAUUUUGAGAUCUUGAGGAUGAUUGGUAAAGGUUCUUUUGGGAAAGUUUUUCAGGUGAGGAUGAAGGGUUAUGGUGGUGAGGGUGAUGGUGAGGGUGAUGGGAUAUUGGCUAUGAAAGUUAUGAGGAAGGACAUUGUUAUUAAGAAUAACCAUGUGGAUUAUAUGAGAGCUGAGAGGGAUAUUCUUACCAAAGUUGAACACCCUUUUAUUGUUCAGCUUAGAUACUCUUUUCAGACGAGGUCUAAGCUGUACUUGAUUUUGGAUUUUAUAAAUGGAGGACAUCUUUUCUAUCAUCUAUACAGACAAGGGAUUUUCAGUGAGGACCAGGCGAGGGUUUAUGCUGCUGAGAUAGUUUCUGCUGUUUCACAUCUUCACCAGAGAGGGAUCGUGCACCGAGACCUCAAACCUGAAAAUAUUCUCAUGGAUGCUGAGGGACAUGUCAUGCUGACAGAUUUUGGACUGGCAAAAGAGAUUGAUGAAUCAAGCAGAUCAAAUUCAAUGUGUGGGACCAUGGAAUACAUGGCCCCAGAGAUUAUACAGUCCAAAGGCCACAAUAAAGAUGCUGACUGGUGGAGCGUUGGGGUACUUCUGUAUGAGAUGCUGACUGGUCAGCCACCUUUCACACAUUCAAAUAGAAAGAAGCUUCAGGAAAAGAUCAUCAGUGAGAAACUGAAACUUCUACCACGUCUGACCGGUGAAGCUCACUCUCUUCUCAAAGGAUUGCUACAGAAGGACCCAUCCAAAAGAUUAGGCAGUGGACCAAGAGGGGGGGAUGAGAUCAAAAGUCACAAGUGGUUCCGAACAAUCAAUUGGAAGAAAUUAGAUGCCAGAGAACUACAGCCUAAGUUCAAACCAGAUGUAAUUGGCAGAGAUUGCACUGCCAAUUUUGACAAAUGUUGGACUACGAUGCCACCGGAUGACUCACCAGCAUCUACUCCGACUACAGGCGAACACUUCCAAGGUUACACUUAUGUAGCACCAAAUCGUUGGCUCUCCUCUAGUUGAUUAAGUCUUUAUCCUGUCAAAAUUUCGAACUUGUAGUUUGCUAUUGUACGUCAUUCUUUGUUAGAGAGAGGAUCAUGAGAAAUAUAUGGAUCAGAUUGUAUCAUGAUAAAAGCAAAUCUUUCUAACUCUUUUGUGUACUGUUGUAUGAUCAUUCUUCUUUAUGGAUGUGAAAUAAAUCAUUGACUUUGAUCGUGUA